CGCAGAGAGUAUGUUCUCUAUCGACCUCGAUAAGCAGUCUUGUGUGGGGACCAUUGACCAAACGCCGUUGACUGAGACUGCGAAUGGACAGAGUGUGACAGAUCCAGGGGAAUUGGUCGGCACAGUAGUAGACAAGGCUCAGGGUAUAGAAAGGCAUGUGAGCUUCAGCAACGAGGACAAACAUAACUAUCUCCAAAGCCACGAUGAGAGGCGUGGGCAUGCGCAGGAGACCGUUGUGCGUACAACUGAGCAUGUCAACCAUGCCAAUGAGUAUGCCAUGGACGCUAGCUUUGGUGGGCAUUCACGUCAGGUGCGGUCGAGGCGCACACUCAAAAAGCUGCGGCAGACCACAUCGUCCUACGCUGCAAGGGACCACAACGAACCACUCAACGACCAUGACUUCACCAGCAGCGUCCCAUCGCCACUCAACAGCCCCACCACCAUGACCCCAGGCACCUUCUUUGGUGAUGAUAUCGAAAACGAGUACCUACCGUGGAGUAGCCGUAAGGUGUCUGUGCCUCUUCUCAGUCAGAAGCAAUGGGCCAGGCGACCACUCUUACAACGGAGGUGGUCGGAGAAAGUGCUGGAUGACGAUAAGGAGGACCCUAAUGACUUUGGUUUAUUGGGCGAAAAACCAAGUUUAUCGUCUGUGGCGGAGAUAGUUCUUCCCGAGACCGGUGUGUCGUUAUCCACGUUGAUUCGCUACAGUUUUCUGUCGGUGUCAGCACUCUUUGCACUGCAGGUCGCGGCUGUGUGGACAAUAGGCCCUACCAUCCAGGGGCUGUCGGCGCCAUUGACAGAGUACUACCAAAGAGCACUGGACAAUGAGUCAUACGAAGACCUCAGCGAUUUCCUGCACCACGCUGUCACAAGCCAUGCGUGGCUGUUGCUCUGCGCUAUUGUUUACUGGUCAGUGGACGCCUACGAAGGCGCUAAUCUCUACUGUCUAACGUCCAUCGGUUACUACCUGAAGAGCCUGGCCAAAAACCUCAUCAAAUCACCACGAGUCUUCUGGGUCAGUGAGCAGAUCCAGUGCUUCUACUGUGGCAAAGGUUAUAGCCUCCCCUCGGGCCACUCCAUGAUCAGUCUGCUGGUGCUGCUGUUCUGUGCGUACAAGAUCAGAGACCCGUGGAUCUGGGUGUUUCUAGUGCUGUUUGAAGGCAUCACAUUUGUCAAUGUGGUGUACAUUGGCACACACAGCUUUGCUGACGUGCUUGUGGGGUGGACUGGUGCCUUGCUGGUGUUCUUGGCGUACCUGGGUGUAGAACAUGUGUACAUGCUCAACCGCUGCGUGCCCACCCUAGGGCAGCAACUGAGGUUUUUCUGUAUAAACCUGGUUUUUAUCCUGAGUUUGGACCUCAUCGAUACCUCCACACAGCAGGAAGAGUUUCCGGCGGCCUAUCAACUCAACAUGGCUCGUGCCUGCAGGAUUGCGCCUGAUAAGAUUGUGGACAGCAUGAGUUUGCCCAUGCGCAUGAGUAACACUUGGGGACUGCUAGGGCUGGCCUUCGCGUUCGUCUUCCGAAGUGAAAUGCUCAACGACAAAUACAAAACAAACAUGGACAAGAUGCUGUGGUGGGAGAGGCUGUUGACGUUGGCUGUGGGCACAGUGGUAUUUAUGAAGUCGUCGGUGUUUGUGGGGCGCUAUCUGCGGUUUAUGCAGUUUCACGGCGUCUUCCAUCAGGUCUACAACUUUUUGCUGCCCAUCCUGGUGCUGGUGUGUGUGCCUGUGGCGGUACUUCUGAUCACACGCCUAGUCACACACGACAGAUACAAGAAGUCACGACACAGACACAACGAACGAAUGUACCACGACACAGUUAACGGAGACGACGUCAGAUGGGAACUGCACCAUCGCAGCAGAGAACGUGUGGACACAGCCAUGUGACACACACCACAAACAAAUGCACCAUGGCACACUGUGGCAAACACGAUAGAGGGAAAGGUCAAAGGCAUACGCACCUACCUGAUGUGGGUGGGAGCAUGCACAUACACAUUCAAUUGAGCAUGCACAUACACAUUCAAUGGAACAUGCACAUGCACUUGAUGGCAGCGACAGUUACCUCUCAGCAUACCACAAGCGCACCACCACUCGUAUGAAAAGCCGUCUGUUGUAGAUUAGACGUAGUUAUGGCACCACAGGGGAAGGUCUCUCCUCAGGCAGAGCUCAAUUACGCUCAUAUCAGCCCUGUCGUCACAAACAUCCAACGGCAUAACAGUUGCGUCCGCUGAGUACACACCGGUGCUACGUCGUACACUAGCACGUGCACAGACUCCACACGACACGUGGUGUACAUAUGAACGCAAUACGCUUGGGGCCAGCGAUGGCAACGGUACAGCUCAAUACGACACUACACAGCCAGGCGGAAGGGGCUACCCCCACAACAGCCACAGCUGCGAAACGAUGAGAGAUGCGGGUGUCUAGUAAGGGCAACCAACACAUGUACAUGCAGUGCGUAUGGGCAGAUGCUUGGACAGCGGUGUAGGCGUGUGAAUAAAGCGUGACACGCAAGUCUCGUUUAACUAGGAGGAGGAUGGAAGGUACAAUGCAGACGUGACGUGAAUGGCCACGUGCACAACGGUGACACGAGGUUACAGACCUGUGAGAGCACCUGCGCUCAUCAGCAGACACUGAUAGAGAGAUGCGCAUGGCAGGAUCACCCAACCCCUAAACCCUAAAGACACCACACACCACACACGAGGGCAAUCAUUCUCAAGCACCAGUGCACCAGUACCCACAGGAUUCAGGGUUUUAUGGUUUAGGAUAAAAAUCCCAAGGGCGGAGACAUUAGACAAUUGAGGGGUUAGGCUUGUAGGGUUUUAGGGUUUAUAGGACACACAGGUGCCGUUCACACGUGGGCCAUGGGGGUCUACAGUCCAUGACGGGCCAAUGUCUUGGGCUGCACCAGGAGAUUACUAGUGAUGUGGUGUCAUGCACAGAUGGGUGGACUGCUAGAUGCAUGGAUAGAUGGAU